UGCUCGGAUCCCGUCACCUCCCCUGAGCUGUGCCGGGCUAUGGGGGACUCGUGCCUGGAGGGGGCGGGGUGAGUCGAGGAGCACUUUCUCCCCUGAGUCAAACCUCCGAUGAUGUCCCCGCUUGGCGUUAGAAGUGGCUUUGUGGUGCUGCCUUUCAGAACACAAAAAUGGCAGGUCGCAGAGCUGCUCUGAAAGCGAUCGACUGGAUGGCAUUUGUAGAGAGAGUGCCUCCCAAUCAGAAAGCUAUGUUUAAUGCCCUGAAAACACGCAGCGAUGCUCUUUCAGCCAAGUUGACCUCGUUGCCAGAGAAGCCCCCCGCUAUUGAUUGGGUUUAUUACAAGACUGCAGUUGCUAAGGCUGGCAUGGUGGAUGAGUUUGAAAAAAAGUACAAUGCACUAAAGGUUCCUGAGCCUGUGGACACACAAACAGACAAGAUAAAUGCCCAGGAACAGGAAGCUGCUAAGAGUGCUGCUGAAUAUGUGCAGGCCUCUAAAUCCCGUAUUGUCCAGUAUGAGAAACAGCUUGAGAAGUUCAGAACCAUGAUUCCAUUUGAUCAGAUGACAUUUGAGGACUUGAAUAAGGUCUUCCCUGAAACCAAACUGGACAAGGAGAAGUAUCCAUACUGGCCACACAAACCUAUUGAAGACCUGUAAAUCUGUCUGAAAGCAGUUUCUGGUGACUGUCCAAUUCUCUAGAAUCUUUUAAAUAAAGUAAUUGUACAGGGCUUCA